GGCUUGGUUACCUAGGAGCACCACUCUUUCGGAGGACAAGAUUGCCUGAGCCUGAGUUCUGUUUAUGAUUAAUUUAUUGUGUAUUUAACAUCAGAGUAGUGCUUCACCGCUUAGUGACAGGUGAAUUUGAUACAAUGAGCCUUGUGCUUCAUUCUGUUUAUUGGAUGGUCCACUAACAAGACUACCGAUGCUUUAUAAAAGCAGCGGUUUCUUUCGACCAGUUAUAAACGAAUUUGCGGUUUUGCGUCCGUGAAAGCGAACGAGAAUCGAGAUUCGGUGGAAGGUUCUCUCGACAUAAAUCAUGCCGUCCACCGGUAACGAGCCUUCCUUGCGUACAAAGCGAUCCCCUUCUACCGUCACAAUUGAGAACCUGACGGCCAUUCCUGUCGGUGGAAGUAUGUCGUUGAUGUACAUAGAAACUGAUAACUCGAGAUCCAAAGACAGAGGCUGGGCCUGGAUGGUUUGCGCCGGGUCGUUCCUGAUAAUGUUUAUUGUUUACGGGAUCCAUACAUCGUUUGGCGUUCUCCUCAAUGCCUUGUUGAAUCAUUUUCAUGAAAGUAAAGCAAAGACAGCUUGGGUGGGUUCCAUUGGCCUCAAUUUCCUGUUUCUUGGAAGUCCAGUGACGAGCCGCGUAGCCGAGCGCUAUGGAAUCAGAACUGUCACAAUACUUGGAGGCGUGUUUAUAAGUCUUGGUCUCUUUCUAACGUCCUAUGCACCUAACAUCGUCGUUAUAUAUAUCACAUACGGACUACUGUUCGGCUCAGGCACCAGUCUUUGCGGGACGAUGGCUUUGAUCAUUUCUGUCGAUUACUUUGACAAGCAUUUGUCACUUGCAACCGGGAUCGUUGCGGCAGGCUGCAGUAUCGGAACUUUAGUGCUGGCUCCGACCUUGCAGUUUCUGGUAGAGAAACUCGGAUGGCGUUACGCUGUCCGGAUUUUGGCCAUGUCCGGAGUGUUCAUUGCGUGUGCUGGGUUCGUAUACCGACCACAUGAGCGGCGAAGAGAAACAUUCUCUAACGAUCGAGCAACUAGGUCUCUUAACGAAAAUAAAAAGUGCGAGUUCUUUGAUUGCUCUGUGCUAAGGAAUAAAGCGUUUAUCUUGUGGAUUUUUACUACGUCCAUUGCCGGAUUUGGCUAUUUCAUUCCACAUUUUUUUCUGGUACGAUACUCCGAAGAUCUCGGAAUCCCUCCGUCUACAGGCAGCUGGCUCAUUUCGUACCUCGGUAUCGCAUCGGCAGUCGGUCGGAUCUUAUUUGGAAAGCUUUCGGAUAUUUGCUGUAUUCGCAAUCUUCAUAUCUACAAGGCCUGUAUGUUACUCUCUGGCCUUGCAUCAGCGUUGUGUUCGGUCGCCACAACAUAUGGCGGACUUAUAACGUAUGUAGUGGCAUUAGGGAUUUUGGACGGCUCGUAUAUAGGGCUGAUGUCCAUUGUGACACUUGAGAUUGUUGGGUUUUCAAAGAUAUCCCCCGCAUGGGGAAUACUAUUCUUCUGUCAAUCAUUCACCUAUCUUCUGGGCCCGCCAGCAGCCGGUCUCUUGUAUGACACCGUGAAGAGCUUUAAGCCUGUGUUCUACCUGGCAUCCGGUCCAAUGAUCUUUGGGGGAGUUAUUCUGCUCUUCGUAUCCUGUGCCCAGACAAAAACACAGACCAAAACGGUUAUAGAGACUGCCAGUUUAUCCAGCAACUCUCCGAACCCUCUCAGAGGCGCUAAUUUGACACCUCCGACGAUAAUUGUGACUCACGUGGCUGAUGAGCACUCAAGACUAAUGGUUGAUGAGAGACUAACAUCGAUAUAGCAGGCAUAUCAUGCCCAAAGAAAAUGGAGAGAACUUGGAAAAGGCAAAAGAGCGCGCAAGUCAAAGUAAAAGAUAUGGCGACCCUAUCUACGCACCUGCAAAUCCCAAAACUAGGCUGUACCUAUCUACCUACAUGAACCUAGAUAAACCUAGGGUGGAUCUAGAUGAGCCUUGAUGUACCUAGGUGGACCUAGCCUGGAUCUAGAUAUGGGCGGGUAAAAAUAAGGAGAGGGGGGUCUGAAUUUUGAUAGGGAUGGAGGUGACUCUGAUAUAUUUUCUGAUAUAUAUAUUCUGAUAUAUAUUCUGAUAUAUACUCUGAUAUAUAUUCUGAUAUAUAUAAAUUUGUCGCUUGGCGCUACGUAUACACUAAGUAUUUCCCCUUUUCCGGGAGGAACCUCUGCUGUUGUGUUAUGUACGCGCGCGAAAUUUGUAUAACUAUUUUGGAGUAAAAUGCGUAUUAGUAUGAUUCAGUCCGGAAUCCCCCGUCUUUACAAGGAAGCAGAGAGUGCGGAUAACUAUUCAUAAUUUUUCUAAAGAGCUUCUAUAGUCUGGUUAUGGGUUAAGGGAAUUUUUUUAGCUGCUCUGGUCAUUUUGAUAUAUUAGAAGAAAAAGGGUGUAUUAAUAAAGACAAAACAAGAACAGCCAAA